GCCCCUUGCUCACUGAUUGGCCGAGUGAUGGAGCGCACCCCCAGCUCCAUGCAGGUGAUAGGUUAACGUGGCUGUCAGUCAGCCACACUGGCAUCAGGUUAGGUUGUGGCGGCAGUUGGUCCCGGGCCUCCGGUAAACAGUCGGGCCCCGGGCCGCGCCGCGCCAUGGAGACGGGAGCCAAGGUCCAGGAGGUGUUGCUGGACGCCUCGCCCGAGUGGAGGGACGCCAAGGGCCUGUCGCGGCCCAGAGCUGUGGGCUGUUGCCGGGCGCUGUGCGGACUGUGGCGGCCGGGCGAGGGGCAGAGCAGCGGCCUGUGCUUCACCGCCUUGUGCAAGGACGCCGGCCGCUUCUGCCGGAGGACGGUGGCUGCUGCGGGCGGGGAGUUUACCGACUUUGUUUGGGAAACAACGGAGAAUUUGCUGACUUCGCCCAACAGGGGACGUCUUCUUGCUCUGACUAACCGCAACGAUUUGGGGGUCUACGAGUUCUGUGUCCAGGAUGGCAUCUGUGACGUUACCAACACUCACAGCUGUAGUGAGGAGGCACUGCAGAAACUGGUGGAAAACAAAAACCUGAGUCUACAAUCAAACUUCACUAUGAAGAUUCUAUCGUUUAAAAAUAGCACAUCCUUCAUACUGCUCAAUAAUUGCACCUUGCUUCACCUGUAUUGGUUGGAAGGCGCUUCUGAAGCAGAUAUAUUCGAUGGCUUUAAACUUUGUCUGUCUCCUGAGGCCUCUGGGAGAAUAACGGAUGGACAGAUUUGCCAGGAAAUGCUUUUCCUAUUGGACAGCGCAGGCUGGAUUUAUAUUUAUGAUACUGUAGAUGGCAAACAGCUUGGGAAUGUUAAUCUUGCACUCUGCCAGAUGGGAGUGUGCGAAGAUGCUCAUGAUGCCUGUGACUUAACCUGUCUGACCAGACUUGGGUUAUCGCCUGACUUGGAUGUUGCUGUGGCUGUGAACUGCUUUAACCAUGCUAUUUGUGUCAGCUUGAAUAAUUUUUUCAGAGAACAUCCUGAUGAGUUGUUGUGCACCAGUAAAGGUUCUAAUAAUGACUCUUUGAGAGCUCCCACUGGCGUCGAUGAGGAUGACCUUACUAGUUCUGUUUAUAGUGAAAAAGUGCUCAAUUUACCAUUUCAACCGGAUAGAUCCUGGGCAGCCCGAUUGCGAGCUUUCUACAAUAAGACUAAAGUCUCAUUAGCAGAAGAAUUCCUGACAAGAUCAUCCACUCCCUGGUAUCAUGAUGUGUCCAGUUCCAAUUCAAAUAUUGCACCCUGUCACAUCCGUUCUCAUAAAUCUAACACUUUUGGACAGAUGGAGGACCUAAACAGUCAAGAAAGUAAAUGGCACAGAGUCUUGCACCUGCGGGGACUCAAGGAAUCCAUGAUUAUAGAGACCGUAUCUGUUUCUGGAUUCAGUGUUUUACUCACCCUUGUUGCUCCCGACUCUGGAGCGUUGACCAUCGCAUUCUGGGACUUACAAACCGAAGAAGUGACGUACCAUCACAUUGAUGGCCAUUCCUUGCCAGUGGAAGGAGACGGCAAGGAUGAAUUAUGUCUGUUUCUCACAGACGCUGGCCUUUCCAUGGUGGUGUUUGGUUUCUCACAAGAAGACCUCUUGAAUCGUUUAAUGAUUUAUGGGAAAGCAGGCAUCGUUGACUCAUUGUGCCAUCUCAAUAAUUGGAAUCGGUGUUCAAUUCCCAUUCAUGCAUUAGAGGCUGGAAUUGAGAACAGGCAGCUGGACACGGUGGACUUUUUCCUGAAGAGUAAAGAAAAUCUUUUUUCCGCUCCAGCGGCGUUUUUAAAGCAGGAGAAUUCUGAAGCCACGCUCACUUCAUGGGCACAAUUAAAAAACGUUGAGGAAAUUAAGCCAGCUUUGGACUUGCUGUGUUCAGCUAUCAAGGAACACGACUCUGAAACUCAGAGCAGGCAGUUCUCUGAACAACUUCUGAACCUUACGUUGACUUUUCUCAACAAACAAAUCCAGGAGCUUCUGAUGCAGCCAGGAGAACUGGAUGAGCACAAGCAGAAAUGUGUGGACUAUUUCACUGGUUAUAUUAUCAAGCUCCGUAAAUUUAUGAAGAAGUACCCACAUAAACCACCAAGGGAGAGUAUCACUGAUGGGUGUGAGGAUGAAGAAAAUACUUUACCAGACGUUAAUCCAGUUUAUGGAAAGUGGAAUAGUCUCAGUACCAAUGAGAUUAUUCGUGACGCUAUACUGAAUAAUCAGAUUCCACGAGCUCAGGGAUAUUUCCGAGCCCAACAAAAACCAAUAAAGAAUUUGAACAACCUCAUGCAAGCUGGUUUAACUCUGACUUAUGAUUGUCUCUUAAAAAAAAACUUGCAGGAAGCUAAGAAACUUCUAAGGAAUAUGGGAUUUGACGUGAAGAAAGAACUACAUCGUAUCUGUUUUUACACAGCUGAUCGAGACCUUCGAGAUUUCCUGGUGGAAAGCCUCCAGGAUUAUUUAUCUGAUGAAGAGAAAGAGAUGGUGACAUUUGUUCACCUUGUAGAGAAUCUAUAUUCCUCCUCCAUACAUACUGUGGAAAUGCCUGCAUGUAGCAGCUUAUUUCAGGCUGAAGAUGUUGAUCCCAGGUAUUCUGUUGUUCUGGAACAAAUCAUGAACAGUAAAGUUGGGAACUCUGAGCGUCCUUCACAAAGAAACCCAAGUUGUUGUAUGGUCAUACUGAAUUGGGCCAAAUGGUGGGAUAGCAAUUCAAAGGAGCGAAUUCGAUUGUCCCGAGGAUUCGAUAUAGCAAUUCAGUCCAGCAGUCCCGAGGUACUGUGGAGCUACCUCACUUCCAGACAUAGUUGGGCCAGAAUUUCUAACUGGAUCCAAGUCUUCCAGAGUACUGAGCCUUCUGCAAGCUGGCCAACUCUAACAGCCGAGAUUGUGAAUCAGAACACGUGUUGCAGUCGCUACAUGAGAAAUGAAAUAUUAGACAAACUUGCAAGAAAAAGGAUAUUCAUCCCAUCGGAGGUUGCAGACUUUGAACAGCUCUUGGCAAGGCUUAGUUGCACAGGGGGAGUGAUGCAGGACCCUCACCUAGUUACAGUGUAUCAGUCCAGUGAAGGACUUCAUUUCCAUAGCUGUUUCAUCCUCCACUGCCUCAAGUACGAGCAGCGCUAUCUCCUGUAUGCUUAUUUGGAUUAUUAUGGGUUGAGGCCCUCAAACUGCCCUCUGCUGGACGACGAAGCUCUCCAUGUGGCCCACCCUUGGUUUGAGUUUUUAAUGCGAAUAAGAGAGGUUGCUGACAAUCCAGCAGAUGCAUCUCUGGCAUUCCAAGCAAGUCUGGCAAAUGCCCAAAUGCUGAUCCCUAGUAACCAAGCCAGUGUCAGCAGCAUGCUUCUGGAAGGGCAUACUCUGAUGGCGUUAGCCACCAUUAUGUUUGCUCCUGGAGGAAUUGAUCGGGUGAUGCAGAAAAAGGAAGAUGUUGGUGAUUCCCUCUGGAAGGUUGACCCGCAGUUAUUGAAAAUGGCUCUGGCUCCUUAUCCCAAGCUGCGUGCUGCUCUCUUUCCGCAGCUCACUCUUCAUGGCCUUCCACCACCUGACAUCUCUCUCUACCAUCUUUUGCAGUCACUGCACCCCUUUGACCCAUCUAGGCUCUUCAGUUGGCAGUCUGCCAACUUGCUCUCCACUUGUGACUUUUCAAGUGAUUUACCUCACUUUUCUUGCCCUGAUUUGGUGAACAAAUAUGCCAUAACAGAAAGGUUAGACUAUUCCUACUACCUGCAUCAUGGGCGCCCAUCAUAUGCUUUUGCAACUUUCCUUGUUCAGCAGUUGGUGAAGAGCAAUUCAACCAAGCAGUUGAUCGAGCGAGUGAGCACUGAAGCGUACGUUCUUGGAUUAGCCCACUUCACCGUACCUGUUGUUGCCACAGCAUGUGUUGCCUUUCUUGAGCUACUUGGUGUUGGCAGCUUUAAACUUAGAAUUGACCUUAAAGUGACAAAUGUGGUUUUGAAACAUCAGUGUACAAACACUGAAGAGUCUCAACACAACUUAUUACAACAUGCUUUAGCUGAAAAACUUCAGAAAUUGGUUGAAGGGAAUCGAUCAUCAGCAGAAGAAUUGCUUACACAUUUAGAGAAUGCUACUUGGGAGAACAUACAAAGAAAAAAUAUAUGGAGGGUAUCUUUAGAAGCUGGUCAGGAGUGGUCACUGAUGGCACAAUUCUGCAGGCUUCAUGACAUCCCCCUGAGCAUGGCCUACCUUCAGGCUUGUGCCCAAGAAGAUGAAUGGCUGCAGUUUAUAGUAUUUGCUCAACUGCACAACUACCAACCAGAAGAGGUGAAGAGACUGCUAAAAGACUUCAGUCCCAUUCUGCAGGACCACAUGACGUUAGCCUUUCAGAAUUUGCAAUUUGUUUCUCACGAAAAGCCAGCGAGUUGUACUGUGAUGAAGAAAGAAGCCGACAAAGAGACCAAGUCCCCAAAAGAUCUCUUUCAAGUUCUCUAUAGGUGCCAAGAUAGUACAAAUCCAUGGCGAUAUCUUUUGAGUGAGGCAGUACGGCAAAACGCACCAGUGUUGAGCGUUCUGGCUGCAUGUUUUCAGGAAACUGAUGUUCUUCAGUGUCUUUGUGUUUGGAUUGUGAUGUCCUCUGAUAAUGUGACCAUCUCUGAAGUUACAAAACACCUCGAUGAUUCGGUGGAGUACCACGAGUGGAAUCUCCACGAUCUGUCGCUGAUGUGGAAGGUGCUGUUGGGAAGAAGGAAAAGUAAACAACUUGUCCGAGGAUUUCAACUUUUUCAGAAGGACUGUCCCUGGGUCUGCAUGCUGGAGAUGUAUAAACUUUGCACAGAAAACAAAAAUUACCAAGAAGCAACAUUGAAAAUUCAAGAAUUCCAAAAAUGUCUUGUGUCUCUGAAGGCUGCAGAUAAACCAGACACGAACAUUUCAGUGGAGUGGAUGGAGUCACAGGCUAGUCUGCUGCUGAAGCUGAUGAUGCAACAAUGUCCAACACAGUAUGAACUUGGAAAGCUUUUGCAGUUACUGGCUGAUGUGGACUACACCUUUGUAUCUAAUGGUCCGGAUUUCCAAAAACUGAGCCAACUUGCUCAUCUCCUGCAGGAAACGUCAAUCUCCAUCGAUCACUCGCUCUUCUCUGACUGCAGUGUGGAAACCCUACAGUAUGUGUGUGGGAAUAUUCUGAACCAGUUGCAGAAGAAAGGACUCUUUGUUCUUGCGAGGCAGGUGGCAGAUCUUGCCGAGCUGACGGUGGACAACUUGCUUGUUGAUGAGGUGUCUCAGGAAUUACAAGAUUUGAAACGACGUGGUCAGUGGCAAAGGAAGGAGACGAGAAUAAAUUUUUGGAAAAAGUGCCACGAUUGUUUCAAAAAGAAUUUGAUCUCCAAUGUAGUUGCCUCAGAAUUCUUCUUGUCCCAGGCCAAUAAUAAGCUGUCCACUAAGCCGCAAUCGCCAUUACCUUUGAAAGAAAUGCUUCUGGAUAUUCAGGAAAAAUGCAUGUUGCUGAUGAUAGCCGGCCAUUGGUUGUCAAGCAGCACACCACCACUCUUGGAACAGCUGGAGGAGGUGGAGAAGAGGAUUUGGUUGUGCUACAUCAGUCAGCAGACUUUGCUGAUGUCCACAGCUUCAAGGUGUGCAUGGCAGGUUUCAAUCUGCGGCGAAAUUACCUUUGAAGAUGCCACCAAAGAGUUCCUAUUCUCAAACCUGCCGGAUCUGAACUCAUCAAAGUACCUCAGGCUGGAAGGAUUUCCAAACAAGGACUUGGCUUCCAAAUGUAGGCUAGGAGCAGCAGAGAAAGAGGCCCUUAAUAUUUUGAUUGGCAAUUUAUUAGAUGGAGGAUACAUCCAUGAAGCCAGUAGAGUCUGUAGAUACUUUGAAUCUUUUAACCAGGACUUAUCACUAGUUCUCCACUGUAGAGCUUUAGCUUCAGGAGAAGCACAAACAACUGAUUUCCACCCUUCAAUCAAGAUUCUUUUGACUACAGAUGUUGCUUUGAAUGGAGAGAUGAGACACCAUCGAAAAAGGACACCAAGCUUGAGCAAUGCAGCCUCAUCAUUUGUUCAGUGCCAGGAAGACAACAUUUUUAAAGACCAGGUUGUUAAGGAUGUGCAAAUUCUCAUUAACAAGAGCCACCAUGGAAAGAGUUAUUGCCAUCAGAUUCUUAGUUUAUACGAGCUCUCAAAGGAGCUCGGCUUUUCCUUCAAUGAUAUCUCAACUCAGGAUUCUGACACGGUUCUGAGGGAGGUGUUAUCGUCACAACAACCGGAUCGUUAUAAAAAGGCCCAGGCAUUUAUCACCACGCAAGGACUGAAAGCAGAGGCAGUGGCAGCUCUCGUGGCAGAUGUAGUGGUUCAGGCCCUGCUGUCUUCAACACAAUCUAAAGGGCUGGGAAUGAUGCAGAUCUAUAGUCUUCUUGAUGGGAAAGAGGCCUUUCUUCAGCUGGCUAAACUGUGCCAAGACCCAAUCCUUGUUGGCACGAAGCUACUGGAUAAAAUCUCAUCCAUUUCCAAUGGGGAGUUGGAGUGCACUGUGGAACUGCUGAUUCUGGCCCAUGAUUGCUUCAGCCUGACGUGCCACAUGGAGGGGAUUAGUCGAGUAUUGCAAGCUGCUCGCCAUCUCAGUCACAAACACCUGGCUCCCAAUGAAGAGUACAGUCUCAUGGUACGGUUGGUCACUGGCAUUGGGCGAUACAACGACAUGACCUAUAUAUUCGACCUGCUCCACGAGAAUCAUAGGUUUGAAAUGCUGUUGAGGAAAAACGUUGUGUCGUUUUUUAUUGAAACACAGAAUGGAAAUCUGAAAACGGCUCUUCUCGACUACAUCAAGCGCUGUUUGCCUGGUGACAGUGAGAAGCACAAUAUGGUGGCCUUCUGCUUCAGCAUGUGUCGUGAAAUUGGGGAAAACCACGAGGGUGCUGCCAGGGUCCAGCUGAAAAUCAUAGAAUCACAACCGUGGGAGGUGACUCCUGAGUUGAAUAAAUCUUUGGUGAAGAUUCUGAGCUUCCUCAAAGAUGCUGCUGAGAGCUAUUCAAAGGACUCGUGUAUCCGCCGAGCCUCUCAGUGUGUGAAGCUAGCCAAACUAGUGACCCUCCAGCUCCACUUCUUAAACAGCAACCAGGAUGUGCAGUUAAUUAAUCUGCAGAGAAAUGACUUGAUGACUUGUAUCCUCUCCUUACCAAAGUUCUAUCAGGCUUCCAUAGUUGCAGAGGCAUACGACUUUAUACCUGAUUGGGCAGAAGUUCUGUACCAGCAUGUGAUUGUUUGUGGUGAUUUUGCAUAUCUAGAGGAGUUUAAACAACAGCACCAGCUCCAGCACAGCCUGUUUGAGGAAAUUUCCACUAAAUUUAAACAACAAAAGGGAAAUGCUGGAGCAAGUCAAAAUCUGAAGCGGUUACUGCAGUACUGUGAAGAUGUCUACCUGUUUUAUAAAAUGGCUUAUGAACACAAUUUCACAGACAUAGCAAACAAGCUCCUUAAAGAACCCCAGACAAGAUGUUACCUAAAAGACAUGAUUGCCAGCUAAGUAUUUAUACUCUAAGUUUUCAGUUUGGGUUGAAGCUCAAUACAUAUAAAAAGUCUGUUCAGAUUGUAAAAAAAUGUAAUUAUGUAAAUAUGUUUCGCUUUUGAGUUGACCAAUAUUUCACUGGUAGACACAAAAAUCUGGAGUAACUCAGCGGGACAGGCAGCAUCUCUGGAGAGAAGGAAUGGGUGGCGUUUCCGGUU